AUGACAGAAGGAAGCAACAACAAUUCCAAUUCUUCUAGACAAGCAGCCUCACCCUCUCCACCCCCUCCAGCGCCAGUCCCCCUAACACCCGGACCGCGCGCAACCGUAUUGCAGAAGACUUUCAACCAGGCGCUGUUACGUACCCUUCGGGCAAAUUCUUAUGCCAACUUCUCCGAGUGCUUUCCCACCCCUGCAAAACAUGUUCCGGCCAGUCUGGAGUCUGUUUGGAGACAGCUGAAUGCGAAGUUAGAGGAGAGCGCAAGGGCUGAAUUCGAAGAUAUCAUCCUUGAAAGAGAUGCCAUUAGACAGCUAAAUGAGUUGGAUAGGUUGAUGGGGGAGGCGAGACAUAGGCGGGAUCAUGGACAGGGACAGGGUGAUGUUGCACCCCACACAUUGACACCGGAUGAAUUGUAUCGCGCACGUCUCGCCCCGCAUUUGCAAGGUGCUCAGACGGCUUUGAAUGCGAAAAUCGAGUCUAGCCAGAAUGAAAAUGACGCGCUGUCUCAGCAGAUUCAGUCUCAGAGACUAGAGAUUGAAGGUCUGCUGGCGAAACUUGACUCUGUGGUUGCGGAUCUAGAGGGCGCGGCGACUGCUGUUACACAGUUUAGUACGGGGAACAAUCUUCGCGAGGAGGCCAUACAGAUGGAAGAAGAAGUCAAAGCUAGAUCGGAUAUAUGA